AUGAGCACUGAGAGGCCUUCCAACAUAAUUAAACAUCCAGGGCAGACAAGCAUUCCUUCCCUGGAAAAUAUAAGUGACUUCUCUUUAAAUAUCACUGACUGCACCCAGGUUGUGGUACCAGAAGAAGUUUUUUUCACGGUCGCUGCUGUUGGAAUACUGGAAAAUCUGCUCGUCCUUAUUGCCGUCAUCAGGAAUAAGAAUCUGCACUUACCCAUGUACUUUUUCAUUUGUAGUUUAGCCAUUUCAGAUAUGUUAGGUAGCUUGUACAAAACUCUGGAGAACAUCUUUAUCAUCUUAUGCAAAAUGGGGUACCUGACACGUCGGGGGGACUUUGAGAAAAAGCUGGACGAUGCCAUGGAUUCCAUGUUCAUUUUGUCUUUACUGGGGUCAAUCUUCAGCUUGUUGGCUAUCGCAGCAGACAGAUACAUCACCAUCUUCUAUGCUUUACAGUACCAUAACAUCAUGACCCUGAGAAGGGCUUUGGUCAUCCUGGCAAUCAUCUGGACGUUCUGUGCUGGCAGUAGUAUUGCCAUCGCCCUCUUCUCCUAUGAAGUAGCUACAGUCAUUCCUUUCACCAUUCUGUUUCCUUUAAUGAUGUUUUUUAUAUUGUGCCUCUAUGUCCAUAUGUUCCUCCUGGCUCGAUCCCAUGCUAAAAAGAUUGCUGCACUGCCAACCAGCGCAGUCCACCAGAGAACUAACAUGAAAGGAGCCAUUACACUGACAAUUUUCCUUGGAGUUUUCCUUUGCUGUUGGGCCCCCUUUGUUCUUCACAUCCUUCUAGCAAGGUUUUGCCCACAUAAUCCUUACUGUGCCUGCUACAUGUCCAUUUUCCAUGUGAACGGGACACUCAUAAUGUGCAACGCAAUCAUCGACCCUAUGAUUUACGCAUUCCGAAGCCCAGAAUUACGGAGUACAUUUAAGAAAAUGUUCUGUUGUACUAGGUCAAACUGGAACUGGUAA